CAGAGCUCAACUCGAGAGGAGGAGAACAACUGGACUUAACUUUUUUUACAACCGAGUCACAGAUUAACUUCUUUUAUCUGGAGGAACAGACGACUGAUGACGUGUCGGUGCUCAGGUGACGGAUGAGUGGAGCUGUCGAAGCACGGAUUGGAUGAUUCUUCAGGAGACCAGAUGUGAUUCGGGUUUGGUUCCACUGUCGCCCUCUAACCACGGACCCUCCAUGAGCUGACCUCUGACCCCUCACACCAUGAACGCCCCUCAGCAGGCGAACCCCCAGUUCCACUACGAGCUCAAUGGAAGAAACUCCAGACCUGAGGACGCCGCUCUGAGCCAGGAGGUGCAGGAGUGCAUCCAGUUCUUCGACGACACCAUCGUCUCCUUGGAGGAGAGCCUCACGGAAGAUUACAAGAGGACGGCGCCAAGAGGCCGCGGCCCCGCCGGAGAGGUCAACAGGUCAAAUCCCCACCCGCGUGUCCCUGUGUCCUCAGUCCUGACCGGACCUCUCAAUCCCAACCAGGACAUCAUAGACCUUGUCCGGCCGGGACCAGACCUGGUGCAGACGAGAGAGCGGGUCUUCAACCCCACCAGUCCAGAUUUCCAGAGUGUUGUGGCCCACACUGAAAGCCACUUGGAGGUAAAGCCCUGGCACGAUCAGAUGGACAGUCUUCCUUCAGAGUACAACCCCCCGCUCCCAAGUGGCAGCUAUGGGUCCAAGGACUCCUCCUACCACCCCCCCGGCUGCAUCCCCACUCCGGUGCUGAUCGCACAGCAGAUGGCAGAGAACCAGGCCGGUGGAGCCUCCAACCUCCUUCGCCAUCGCAGCUUUAACUCCGACAAGCCCCCGAGUCCCAGCUCCGAUCAACCAGGGAAACACGGGCCUCCUACCUCGGCCAAGCCGUCCCGGUUCCCAGCCAACAUCAGCGUGAUCCUGGGCAACAAGGAGCAGCAGAGCCAGUCUCUGGCUAACGUGCACAUUCAUGAGAGACGGAACCAGAUGCUGGCAAACCUCUCGGGAACGUCGAAUCCUUUGCUACCGGUAGAUCCAGAGCCGGCCGCGGAGCAGCAGGCUCAGAACACUCCGACCCGCAGCAUCUCCUUCAGGGAUCCCACACCAAGCAUCUCCAGGAUGGAGGCUCUGUCCAAGCUCGGCCUCAACAGGAACCGGGCCAUGUCCGGGGGUCCGGCGCAGCUUCCUGACAGCGCCUCACUGGACCCCCGCCCAGGUGCAGAGGCCAGAGCUUCCCCAACAUCAGGAACCAGCGCCACAACACCGCCUCAGAGCCGCGGGUACACUGACAGAAGAGCUGAGGUCCUGCGAACGCCUUCCCUCAGGAGCCUGGAGGAAAGAUCUGCCCAGCCGAGCCCCUCCCCUCCAGCCGUCACACGUCACAGCUUCUCUCCAUCUCCUUAUGAACACAAAGCAUCUGUGGCCCCCCCGCAUGAGGUCACCUCCAACAGCUAUGGAGGGAAAUCAGUCGUGGUCCACCCUACUGUUUCCAAAAGUGAACCUGUGUCCUCUCCGUCCAGCCCCGAUCCCAAAGGCCUCCCCCCUGCACUGGCUAGCCCCAGCGAGUUCAACACCUACGGAGGAAAGACCAAGGUCAUGAACCCUGCUCCUCCUCCAGCUGUGACCAGGAGCAACCUCCCCGACAUCCUCAGCUCCCACAUCACCAAGAGUCAGCCGGCGCCUCCCAGGUCGGAGCCGCAGCCCAUCGAGGCCAACAGCUACGGAGGGAAGAGCCGAACCAUCAACUCUUCCUCUGGGUCAACUCGCCCCUCAGAGCCUCCAGCAAGGAGCUUCAAACAUCCGGCCCCGGCCCCGGCCCCGAGAGCCCCCCCGCACUCACAGAAAGCAGCCGCGACCCCCGACCACAAGCGAAGGCCCAGCUCCAUGUUCCGGCCCCAGGGAAUCACGGUGCAGUUCGCUGGACGGGGAACUUCGGAGGAAUCGAGGAAGGAGGCGUUGAGGAAACUGGGGCUGAUGUAGAAAGUCUCCAUGAACUCAGCUAUUGUUCAGUCUCCACCUCCGGAGCCUGGGCCUGCGGGUGGAGGUGAUUUCCUUUGAGUUUCUCCAUGUGUGACCUGAGUUUGAGGUGUGGUCGGUUUGUUUGGAGAGAGACAUACUUUGGCCCGAGGAGCUGCAUCUCACGAGGAACCAGUUCAACCAGUUGCAGCAUGGAAACGUCUCCGUGCAGCAUCUGUGCAGUCGACUCUCUGAAGGUCUCACACGUCUGCACUUCAGUUGGUCGAGGUGAAGAGAAGCAGCGGACCAUCCUUCUGGGCCUCAUUUCCUCAAAUCACCUUAUUUUCUAUAUUUUAAAUCUAUGAAAUAUUUGACCCUUUUCUGUUCUUACUGGUUUGUUUUACCGACUUUGGGCCUUUUAUUCAGCUGGUGGGAGGUUUCUCUUCUUUUUGGGUUUUUCGGGCACAAAGAAAGUUGACAGCACUUUUCUGGAUGAAUCCUGAAAAGACCCGAACAGUCGCACAGAGUUCUGUGUUGUUGUCGUGGACUAAUGACAACAACGUGACAAGGAGCCGACCGUGAUGUGGAGCUGAGCGGCUGGAGGAUAUUUUUACUCUGUGGACGAACCUCCCACACCCGACCACAGACUGUGGAAUGGGCUCGUGGGUUCGACUCUCACUUGUCUGUACCGCGCAGAGGGAGUGCUUCUCGAUGAGCUCUUCAGGGCCGGCCGAACAAAUCGUUUUGUACGAAACACAAGCACUAAACCCACAGAGUCUAGAAAUACAUCCUGGUUUACUGAUGUGUUUGUUCUCCUGUCGACAACUUGGCUGUUUCAGACGUUUGACAUUUUCCAAGUGUGUUAUUUAACUGUUUAACUGCAAAAGCAUGAAUGUGUGUGUGUGUGUGUGCGUGUGUGUGUGUGAGUCAGUGUGUACGUUUACAAUGUUUAUCACAGACUCCGGCCUCUGUAGUUCCCCUACAGUUACUUUUGAAGUAUAUUUUCACACAGAAAAACUCUGUGUGAAUAGUUUUUGUGAAUUUUGUUUACAGACUCCGGUUCCCUGUAGUUCAUCUACAGUCUUUUUGAAGUAUCUAAUGGUGCAUAUAUAUAUAUACAGUGAAUAACUACAUUAUGAGGAAAUGUUUCCAAGAGUCGACACAUCUGCACAGAACAAGGACUUUGACAGUGGCAGUGGUGAACAGGAAGAUCAGCGUUCACGUGGCAGAUGCUGUUAUGGAAACAGCCUGGUCGACUGUCUGACUUUUGAAAUGUCCACAUUAUAUAUAAAUAUAUAAAUAUGCUCUAAUCUUAAUAUAUGUAAUAUUGAAUUAUUGUCAAUCAUUAAACGAAACAGUCA